UUCGAAUCUACUCUCUGUAUUACAUAUCUUUUGAAUUUAAAAUCCUUCCAAUAAAGGUUGUUACCGAUUGUUUAUUUUAAAUUAGGUCUAUCAUUUUAUUUGUUUGGAGAUUUUCUACACAAUCUCUGACGUCAUCAGAAGUGGCCUACGCAAGGUUUUGAUAACCAACAAAAUAAACUUCAAUGAGGUGAUCAGCCCCCGAUCAGGGCCGAUUCCAUGAUGUCGAGGGGAUCCAAGUCUUCGCUUCGUGGAGAAUGUGGAUUGGUGGAAGUGAAAAGCAAAUAUGACGCAGAAUUCAGAAGGUUUUCCGUUGACAAAAAUAGAAUGAAGGAAUAUGAGGGUUUUGAAACACUUCUGGCAUCAUUACACAACAUUGAUCAGCAGAGCUUUGUAAUAACAUAUACGGACAUCCAUGGAGACCUGCUGCCCAUCAACAAUAAUGAGAACUUCCAGAAAGCUCUUAGCACAGCUAAACCACUGUUACGGGUCAUGGUACAAAUGAAAGGAGAAAGUUAUGAACAAAUGAAUGGGUAUGGAACAAUAACAAAGAAGAAGAAUAAAAUUUCUAAGUUGAUGGGAAGCGGUGCAAAUGAACCUAUAGCAGGUGCCAAACCAAAGCUUACGAUCGGACUUCCAGAGGAUUUCCGACGUGUCUCAGCAAUUAUUGAUGUUGACAUUGUUCCUGAACAUCAUCGUCGUGUAAAAUUAAUGAAAAAUGGUUCAGACAAACCUCUCGGAUUUUAUAUCAGAGAUGGCACAAGUGUUAGGGUGACUCCUCAUGGGUUAGAGAAAGUCCCAGGGAUUUUUAUUUCUAGACUUGUACCAGGUGGUUUGGCAGAAAGCACGGGACUUCUAGCUGUGAAUGAUGAAGUCUUGGAAGUGAAUGGUAUAGAAGUGGCUGGUAAAACGUUAGAUCAGGUGACAGACAUGAUGGUGGCGAACAGUUCAAAUCUGAUUAUUACUGUGAAACCAGUGAAUCAGCGAUUGACUUUAGCUCCUCAGAGAGGGGGCCCAGGGAGACACUCCCAAAUGUCCCAGGCCUCUCAAGCCUCCUCCCAGCUGUCCUUCAACUCCCAGAGGUCAUCCAAGUCCUUUGACAGUGAUCAUGUUCAAGAACAAGAUGACGAGGAUGAUGAAGUUCAUGAUCAUUUGUUACCUGCCAAGAAGAACACCAGUAACACACAAGUUGUUACUUUAUAGAGAGAUCCAAUUUUAUUUUAUCCACUGUUUGUCAUUUUUAAUGUUCAUAUAUGGUCAAUGAGAAAUUGUCAUACAUUUUAAAUAUGAAAUAAGACAAUGAAUGCAUGCAUGUUAUUAUGGAACUAUUUGUAUUUUAAAUGAAUUUCAAAUUAUUUUAUUCUUGUACCUCUAUAUUUUUAAAUUUGACAUCUUGCACUUUUUAAAUGAGUCAUGCGUUUAUGGUUUUUAGUUAUUCCAUAUUUUUGCAAAUCCCUAAGUUCAGCAGCAAUGUCUUUGCCACUAUGCAAAUUUGUAUGAUAUGUACAUGUACACAUGUAUGUUUUUUAUUCUGACUUGAACACUAUAAGUCACUGUGUGCACAAUCUCUGUUUUCUACUACUUUUAUUUAAUCCAUUGAUAUACAGCUUUUAGUGAUAAAAAUAACUUUUAUAUUGCUAUUUAUACUUGUUCACAAGGACCAAGGUUACUUUUAAAGUGAAAAUUUAUUUUUGAAAUGUUGUUUUUAAAGCCUGUUUGUUGAACUCUGUUAAACAGAGGGGAGUUGUGAAUUGAACAAUUUUUGAGACAUAUCUUGCCUUGAAUGCCUUCUUCAUUUGCUUGUUUUCUAGUCCUGUAGUGGAUAUUAUUACAAGGUCAUUGUUGUAUUUUAGCACAUGAGUACUGAAAUUCAUCCAUACAUGUUUUUGUAGUAUGUUUCAUUUUUCAAAGAUUAUUGGUCUUUGUGCGAUGUCAUCGUCCCAGUGAAACGACUAUAAAGUGAUUUGGUUUAGAAAUAGAAAUGUAGAUACGGGGUACGUGUAGAGUGUUACGGAGUUUUAAGUUUGGACAAUUAGUAUAUGCUGAUAUACGCUAUAGAACAGCAGUUGUGUAUAUCCUUGUGCAGGUAGGCAGAAUAUUUAUAUAUAUCUAUAUAAUGAGAGGGAACAGAAACUUGCUUUUGCCAUAGUUAUGAAAUGGUACUGUCUGAUGAACAACUAUCGAUACAUUCACUUAUGCAUACUAAUUUGGACCAAGAUGAAUAUAUGUGGUUUACCGGGACCUGAUAUUUAGAUGUACAUGUAUGUAGUGAGGUACAAUUAACAAAUAUGUCUUUCAUAUCCUUCUGUAAUCAUUGAUGUAUGUGAAAUGAUUUAGCUAAUUUACUCUAUCAAUGUGACAUAAUUUACAAGGCAUGAAUACUACAAUGUUUGAACAUGUUACAUGUAUUCAAUUCAAAGUCUUGAAUUUUUAUUUAAACUGCACCAAUGUGUUGAAUCUGUGGAAACUUUAUCUCAUAGACCAUAGGUAUAAAAGGGGGUCUCUGUUGCAUAUAAUGUAUUUUCUGGUUCUGUUACAUGUUGAAAGGAUUGUACACUGAAAUACUGUGUAAACUAGUGGAAUUCAUAGCAUAGAAAUUGGAUGUAAAUUUUUUCUGAUCGUUAUAUAUAGAGCAGUUAUUUUCCUUUAUUAUCGCGCAAAGUGUUUAUAUUGUCAUGAAAAAUCAGUUUAAAUUGAUGUUUAAAUUUAUAUUACAAGUCUUCCAUGGCAAGAAACGCUAUCAAAUACUUUUUCCAGUCAAACAUUCCUUGAAUAUUUAUUUGGUCUGUGGAACUACUUGUUGACUAUAUGAGAUGGAAACUAAUAGGGGUGUGUAAUAUGUAUGAAAUAUCUUAUACUCUCUAUUAUUGAGAUGAAUAUUUUGCAAUCUUUUUUGGAUACAGAAAAUAUUCUUCCUCUGGUGUUUCGGAAUACUGCUAAAACUUCUAGUUCCCAGACCCAACAGGGCGUCAUAUGUCCAUGUCUACUAGUUUAUCGUAAAAAUAUUCACAAUUUUGUUACAAAGUUGAAUUUGCAAUAUCUGUUGUCUUGUAUAACCAAACGUUAUUAACAUAACUAUUAAUUUUGAUUUUAAUUAAAUAUAUGAUACUACAAUG